CCCAGAGUGAGCAAUGCUGGCCUUCCUCAUCCCCGUCCUCACCCUCACCGUGGGGUUGGUGGAUGCCCGUGCCACCGACUCCCCCACCUGCGCCCCGCUCGUCCCUGCCAAAAUGGACAACGCAACGGUGGACGGGCUGCUGGGGCACUGGGUGUACAUCAUGGGUGCCUCCCAGUACCCCCCGCACAUGGCUGAGAUGAAGGAGCUGAAGUAUGCGACCUACACCCUCUUCCCUGGCAGGCAUGAGGACGAGUUCAAUGUGACAGAAAUCAUGAGGCUGAAUGAAACAUGCGUGGUGAGGAACACCAGCAAGAUCCACGUCUUUCGGCACAACUCCACGUUGGUGCACGAGGAGGGGAAGGAGUUGUCCAUGGCCGAGCUGAUCCACAGUGACAAGGACCUGUUCAUCCUGAAGCACUUGAAGGAUAACCAUGUGGGCCUCAGCCUGUCAGCACGGACGUCCAAGGUGACCAAGGAGCAGCUGGAGGAAUUCGAAGCCCAACUGCGCUGCCACGGCUUCAAGCAGGAGGAGAUAUUCAUCACCUCCCCCAAGGAUGCCUGUCCUGCAGCUGGAGAGGAGAUGGGCGAAGGCAGCACAGCCACCGCAGAGCCACAGCAGGGGUGAGCCCACAUCCCCCCUGUGCUCUGCUCUGCCAGGGAUGCGCCGACGAGGAUUUAUGUCUUCCACCAAGGACUUCACGAUGCCCUUCGCAGAAGGAAUUUGCUGCUUUUCUGUUCUCACAUGGACCUGGAAUAAAGC